AUGUUUCGCGCGGUUGUUUUCUGUUGCCUUCUGGUAGUCAUCUUAGCCCGGACAUCGUCACGGAAUCGCCUGCCAUGCGGAUUCAGUUGCACGAGAAAUGCUCAGUUUGUCGUGAACAUCGACGGUGUUUCUACUACCACCACUUGCACAACAAACUCUGCAGAUCCAAGGGAUCGCUGCUAUGCCUGUUGUCAGGCUCGAGCUCUUGCUGCAGGCCUCUCAGCUACUGAUGCCGGAGGAUUCCCUUCGACUAAUGGCGUUGACUGCGUUUGCUGCACGAACAACCGCUGCCCCCCUGCCGAUAAGGAAAAGCGAUAG